AUGAAACUUGUGAUUGGAACCGUUGCGGAGGCUCCCGUCCUCGUUUACGAUUUGCUAAAGAAAGAAGUCUCAGAACGAUUAAGUGGAGUUUCUAGCCCAACAUGGAUUGAAUGGGAAAAUACAAACAAGCGUCUUUACAUUGCCAAUGAAGUUGAGAAUGGAUUUGUCAGCGUAUUUGAGUGGGAUUCCGAUAAGUUUACUAAAGUUGACGAGUUUUCUGUCGAAGGUCAUAGCCCUACCAGUCUAUGUGUUUUAGAGAAUGGUACUGUGCUUACAGCAAACUACGGAAGCGCUUCUAUCAAUGUAUCUGCUCCAGGUCACGAGAAGCCCCAUGUCUGGUACCAUGAAGGAAAGUCCGUACAUCCAGAGCGCCAAAGAAAGUCACAUCCCCACCAGGUUAUGAAACACGAGCACUAUGUUUUCUCGGUGGAUUUAGGUCUUGAUCGGGUCGCCGUUUUUAACGCCGAAACUACCUCGAAAGAUCCCAUAGCAGUUCUGAAAGUUCCUUCGGGAUACGGCCCUAGACACGCAGUUAUCCACAGAACACUUCCUAUUUUAUACGUUAUUUGUGAACUUUCAAACCGUAUCUGCGUGUUUGAUACUAAAACAUUUCAAUGCAUUCAAGAUGUGUCCAUCCUUCCGAAAAAUGUGACUUUAGAUCAAGAUCCUCAAUUCCCGCAGCCCCCCAGUGCUGCUGAGAUUGCAGUAGUAUAUGAUGGUCCUUUUCUUGUGGCUUCGAACCGAUAUCUUGGAAAUCAUGCUACUGAUACUCUUUGGACGGCAUCUCUGGAUCCUCAUACUGGUCGUGUCCUUGAGGGUACCGACUCGCAUAUAAUGCUACAAGGACGAUGCCCAAGACAUUUCAUGUUCAACAAAGAUGCUUCUUUGCUUGCAGUUGCAAUGCAGGAUGAAGAUUUAGUCCAGGUCUACGAAAGAGAACCAAAAACCAUGAACUUACAUCUUCUGUUUACUAUACCCACGCCCAAACCUACUUGUGCUUUGUUCAUUGAAGACGAAGAUCUUGGAACAAAGUAA